GGACUGCUCGUCACCUCUGUGGUUAUACCGCAUGUUCGUAUGGGAUAAGGCGAGAAAUAAAUCGAUUAUUAUUCACAUCUUUGGGCAGGAAGUUCUCAGAUAUAUUCCCAACUUGGAACGCUCCUAUUCCCAGUUAAUCCCAAAUGGCUCUAAAAUUAGGCAGCUCUGUCUCGAAUCCAGCUUCGAUUCUGUUGGAUUCUCCGGUUCAUAACUUUCCCUCGAGCAGAAGCAGCAGUUGGUUCCUGCCACCUUCUCUUUCACAUGGGAUUUCAGGAGUAGUCACUUCUCGUGGUGCAAACCAAAUCAACACUGCCAUUUUCUCCAGAAAACUUUCCCCUGGAUUAAAUACUAGAGGUACAUUUUUUAAAUUGCCCAGAAGCAGCGGUACAUCAUCCUCAGAAGGUAGUCCAGAGGAUUCGAAGUCUUCAGACCAAGAGAAGGUGACUUUUGGAUACACAAGAAAAGAUGUGCUACUUAUUGGUCUUGGAGUAACUGUACUAGGUGUUGGUUUGAAAUAUGGGCUGGAGUUUGUUGGAGUUGAUCCUUUGCAAGCAGGCAAUGUUGUUCAGUUAGUGCUGGUCUUGGGGCUAACAAUUGGAUGGAUUUCCACUUACGUAUUUAGAGUCUCAAAUAAAGAGAUGACAUAUGCGCAGCAAUUAAGAGAUUACGAGAAUAAAGUCAUGCAGAAACGAUUAGAGGGUCUCACAGAAGCCGAGCUAGAAGCACUGCUCGAGCAAGUGGAAGAGGAAAAAAGACGCAUGGCCAGUGGCAAGCAAUCCUGAGCGAAAUUCUUGUGAUUGCAAGUUGAAGGAUUGAACAGAAAGAAGCCAUCUGCAAGGCUAAAUGUAGACCCUUUUGGAAAUACAGCUAUUGAACAGGGGAGGGAAGAUUUGGAGUUGGAUCAGAUCAAUGUAGCCAUAUUAACAUCCGCCUGAUUUAAAAAUCUGCUGAAUUCAUACCUUGCAAAAUUGAAGAUCUAAAUUUUGUAAUUCAGUUCUUAGAGCAGCUGAUGAUAUUAAGACAAGUAUCUGCAUCCUCAUGUUUUGUUUAUUUAUAUUUUAAUUAAU